AUGACCGCCCCGCCGCCCCCGAGGAAGCUAUCGCCGCCCGCCCGACGGACGCGGCCCGUGGCGAAGCGCAACCACCUCCACGGGCAGCAGCACAAGCAGCAGCAGCAGUCCACCACGACGCCGUCCUCCGCGUGGAGCGUCGGCUUCCUGACCACCUGGCUCUCGCACCGCACCUCCGUGCUCGGCCUCCGCGGCUGGGUCCUCGCCGCCGCCGGCGCCGCCUUGCUCGCCCUCGCCCUCCUCUUCCUCACCGUCUGCCUCUGCCGCUGCCGCCGCCGCCGCCGGCGCUGCCCCCGCGUCGCCCCGAGCCUGCACCACGGGGCCCCCUCCCGGUCCACGAAGCACCACGUCGUGCACCAGGCGAUGGCGGCGGACAAGGACGUCGUCGUGGAGGAGCCGCCCGUGCGCUGGCACGCGCCGCCGCCGCCGCCGUUCCAGCCGCCGAUCGAGGUCAUCAAGGCCGAGCAGGAGGCCCCGCUGAUCGCGGCGGCGGCGUCCGGCAGGACGACCAGCCCCGGGACGGCCACGAGCAGCGGCAGCGGGAGCGCGCGCGGAUGGAGCUCGGCCGGGAGCGACGCGGAGCCCCGGGAGGCGUCGCGGGGCGGCUGGGGACGAAGGUACACGCGCCGCGAGAUGGAGGAGGCCACCGACGGCCUCGCCGCACACAACGUGCUCGGCGAGGGCGGCUACGGGGUCGUCUACAGGGGCCUGCUCAGGGACUCCACCGCCGUCGCUAUUAAGAAUCUGCACAACAACAGGGGCCAGGCCGAGAAAGAUUUCAGGGUGGAGGUGGCCACCAUCGGGCGGGUUCGGCACAAGAACCUGGUCAGCUUGCUCGGAUACUGCAGCGAGGGACCAUGCAGGAUGCUCGUGUACGAGUAUAUGGAGAACAGUAACCUGGAGAAGUGGCUGCACCAUGACGACGGAGAGGUUAGCCAGCUGAGCUGGGAUACGAGGAUGCAUAUACUCCUCGGAACUGCUAAAGGGUUGGCGUACCUUCACGAAGGGUUGGAGCCCAAGAUAGUUCACCGCGACGUCAAAUCCAGCAACAUCCUUCUGGACGGGCAGUGGAACGCCAGGGUGUCGGACUUCGGCCUCGCCAAGCUUCUCUGCUCCGAGAGGUCCUACGUCACCACCCGCGUCAUGGGAACAUUCGGGUCAGCCUCAGUGUUCAUGGCUCUUUCCAUGGAAAUCACUGCUAUGUCCAACCUUGGUUGCAGCUAGGAUUAAUACGCUGUGCAUCGCAGGUAUGUGGCACCAGAGUACGCAAGGACAGGGAUGCUGAACGAGAGGAGCGACGUGUACAGCUUCGGCGUGCUCGUCAUGGAGAUGAUCACGGGUAGAACUCCGGUUGACUACACCAGGCCAACCGCCGAGGUGAACUUGGUGGAGUGGCUGAAGCGCAUGGUGGCGGAGAGGAGGGUGGAGGAGGUGGUGGACCCGAGGCUGCCGGAGGCGCCGCCGUCCAAGGUGCUCAAGCGCGCCGUCCUCGCCGCGCUCCGCUGCGUCGACCCCGACGGCAGCCAGCGACCCACCAUGGGGCACGUGGUCCACAUGCUCGAGGACGACCUGAGGUUCAGAGACGAACUCCAGCUCGCGCGGGACCUGUCACCUCACGCGUCCUCGUCCUGGGAGGAAAGCUACGCCUACGAACGCGAUGAGCACUGAACGCCACGGACGUUGCGGACGGAUGAUCAAUGGGUCGUUGCGAAGUGGAGGUUCUGACUUCUGAGUUCGUAUGGGCACCGUGCUUUCCCCCCCUUCGCAUUGACAGGAUUGUAGCCAAAUGUUCUUGUACAAGCAGCUAGUCGAUAUAAUCUCUCUUUCUUCGCCCGUUAAAUUUUGUUUGCAUGGCGGCAUUGGUUCCAUCGCACAGCUAAUUCAUAGUACUCCAUUGCUCGACACUUAAGAGCUUCUUUAUAUGAUCAAACA